CCGUAGAAGCAGAAGCAGAAUCAGCACCGUGGAUUGAUCCAGGAAGUGUCCCGCAAACAUACAUUCUAAACGCGUCCGCCGAGAAAGACAGGCCACUUCUUCAGUCCGCAAACGGAACGCAUCGGUUCGGUGCUCGUGCUUCGUGAAAAUAGUCACUGUUUGGGGUGUGGAUGUGUCUGUGUGUGAGCGCGAGUGUGGGUCUGUGAAGUGAAAACCAGUCGUGACGGAGGAGGAGGAGGAGCAGUAGUAGGAAAAGUCCCACAUUUUCCCUAAAGUCGGAGCCAGGGCGGCCGCAGCCAUCCCGAGAAUUGAUUUUUCUUGUUCCUGUUUCCCGUGGAAAAUCGGUUCCCUGUUUGUUCCCGAUUGUUCGAUUUUGGUGUGUGCGGAUAGGGCCGUCUCGGAAAAAAAGGAGGCUCGCUACCGUGUGGGAUUGCCUUUGCUAAUACUGAGAGUGCCUGUAGGGGAUGGAUCUGUGGAAAAUCGCCUUUUCAUAGAAGCAGCGACGAAACGAGAAGAGCGGGACGAAUAUUUUUUUAGGGAGCCGUGUGUGAGUAGAGCGUCAAGAAUCGAAGAAGCGCGUCAAGUGGUGCGGUCGAGUGCAAAGCCUACUACUGCCAGCCCUUCCCGAUCGUAGUAGGCGAGAAAAACUAACAAAAGUCUUGUAGCGAAUUUUUUGUGUUACGAAGUUGUUAUUUUUUGUUGCUCAAACAACCAAAUGCGUGCUUUAUUUCGGUGUUCGAGUGUGUGAAAAAAACGCGUGUGUGAGGAAUAAGGCGAAAUCGAAGAGGAAGAAGAGAGGAGCCUAGGAAUCGUUACCAGAGUGGACAGGGUUGGAAAAGUGGCGGGGCAGAACGGACAGCAGCAGGCAGUGCGGAUCGAUUGCCAAAGGAUUAACGUACUACACCACCACCACAAGGGAAGACCGGGAGGCAGGGAAGGCGGAAGAGCUGGAGGACGAAGCAGAGGACGAGGAGGAGGAGACGGUUCCCGAGUUGGACGCAAAAACGGAGCACUUUUGCCCCAGACGACAGGAGCACGGGCAGGAACAGCAGGAGAAUCACCAGGAGUGCUGUUAUGCCUUGUUACGCCUGAACCAAAAUAUUUACCCGCAUAUCUCUGGUGGAUUGCAGUGCUGCUUCGGACGAGGACAUCCAACGGACCAGCAACAGCAAGAAGGCGGCCACCUUGUGGCAGGACCCGCACCGGACGAAUUCCUCCAAGUGGGGUGGUCGUCCGGGUAUAGAGAAGACGAAGGAGCAACGGCAGCGGCUGCAGCCUCGACAGCACAAACGACAAGAUAUAGCAGCCGCCAGCCGUCGCCGCACUUCAGUGCCUACUUUGAUCCCACGGCUUCCCGAUACUGUGCCGCCGACGCCACCAUGGACGAAAACGAGGUGAUGGCGGCGUACCUGUGGAGCAAGCAGUCCCAGGACCUCUAUGCUAGCCAUGGACUCAAGGAUCUGCACCAUUUGCAUCAGGACUUCAUCAUCAACGACUACACCGAUAAGAUCGCCACCAACAUCGAUCUGCUCGAUACGGAGCUCAAGUUCGCUUGGGCUGCCCUCAAUCUCCUGAACGAGGAGUACAACAAGAUGGCGGAGAAGGUGUUCAAGUUGCAGUCGUUGAACCUGUCCCAGCAGCGUAUCGUGCAGAACCUGCAGUACAUGGAGGAGCACCGGAAGGCCUACCUGGAUAUGAUUCCCGAGUACGCCAAGCAUCAUGAAUUCUCGCUGCAAGAGCAGUCACGACUUCAAGAAGAGCUGCAGUACCGGGAUUGUAUCGACGAGGCCUAUCUGCAGCACCAGCAGCAGCAGCAAAUGCCGCCUUAUCCGCCGUACGAUCUUGGAUGGCGAUACGACCCGGCGACGAUGCCUGAAGAAAUGGCCAUUCACGAUCCGGACUACUGGCUGAUGCGGAGGAACCUGUCCAACAUUCCCGAAGAACAGCUGGCCCAAGUUCAAGCCCCGCCUCGAUACCCGCAGCAGAUCUCCACCAAUCCCUUCCUCCAAUCGAUGGAAGCCGCAAACGGAGGAAUACUUCGGGAGAUCGAACCGGCUAGCGAUGCUGCGAUGAUCGAAGAGCAACUCAGGGCCUCUUUCUUGAACCAUUCCCAGCAGCUGGAGUUAGAGUACGGAUCACCGAUGGCCAAACAGUUCGUUGCCGAGCGGAUCGAGAAGCUCAGAGACGACGACGUGAAGCAACUGAUCACGCGGGUGCUAGAUGACGAAGAUGUGGCGUCGCUGAGCAGCGAGGAGGUCGAGAAGGUUAGAACGUUCAUGGCGAAGAACUGCAGCGAUUUGCGAGAGGUGUUUGCGGAGGAGUUUUCACCACUGGCCCGGGAUACCAAGGGUGGAGAGAAGUUGAUUCUGCAGAACAAGCAAAGUGGCGUCAGUCCGAAGAAGGAGUUCAACAAGUACAUCCAUCUACCGAACGCCGAAGGAAUAGCAUCGUUGAACAACGACGAUCUGCUAACGGUGGACAACGGGACAAUCAGCAUCCAGGAUAGCAACGGAACCAUCGACAACGAAUUUAAGCUCAAUCUGAACAUGGUCCAUCCAGCGAAUGGGUUUGGAGGUGUUUCGCCAAAGAAGUUGAUAGAAUUUUCACCUUUCGGGAUGCAAAAGUGUAUGUUGCGGGAGACGAAGGAGAGUAACGUUUUUCCGGAGAGUAUGCUGAACAAACCGAGUUUCGCAGACUUGAUGAACAGUAAGCCGUGUGCGGAGACUGCGAUGACCUUUACAAACUUGAAUGGGGAAACGGAAUCGAUAUUUAGCCAAAGUUUUAAGGAAGCGGUAGAAGCGAAGCUAGCUGGACAAGCCGUACAAAUGGCUGGUAUUAUGAUUAACCAGGGUGAACAGCUUCCACCGUUUCCGGCUGUGCCAUUAAAACCGAACAUUAGUGAAGCUCUGGAAACGGCUGCUACGAAUGGAGCCAUCGAGCCCAGGCGACCAAGUGUUACGGAAGCGGGUACCGUAUUGAUAACCCCGGAAGCUCGCCGACCAAGCAUAGUAGACCAAGUACUCCCAUCAUUAGCUAGGAAACCAAGUAUAACGACCGUCUCGGACAUACCACGAAAGCCGAGCGUUACGGAAGCCUACGAACCAUCAAUGUUUGCAACGGUUCCUCGAAGGCCAAGCGCAAUCGAACCGAGCGAAUCCUCAUCGAUCUUCCAACCAAUUGCAAGAAAGCCAAGUGUAACGGAAACUGCCUCGAGCCCUCCGAUGUUCACACCACUACCAGGGCAAACCACCAUCACCGAUACCCCGGAAAUGCAAGCGAUCUAUGAGUCGUUGUCGCGAAAAUCUAGUUUACCGACCUUAGGUGACUUCUUCCCGUCGCUGGACAUCACCGACUCUGGUUUCGCUGACUCUACCGACGGAAUGUCCCUGUUUCCAACUAUUCCGUUGAAUCUGUCGACGUCGGACGCACCCGUUAGUUUACCGGAUUUCUCUACCCUAUCGACGAUUUCCAACAUUCCGGAAACAUCGGAAGCGUCCUCGUUCGUUAUGUCUAUGAACUCGUCCGGAUUCAGCGAAGCAUCGGACAGUAUCACGCUUCCACCGAUAGUAGCUACAGCCGAAUCGAGCACGACUGCCGUAAUAUCAGCCCAGCUGUCAAAUCAACUCAAUCAAACCACCGCAGCCAUAUCGAAGGAAGUCCUCCUACCGCCGGAGAAGAUAUCUUUACCACCCAUAUCAGCAGCUCCCGCAACGAUAGCUGCCCUAGCGGAUAGCAAACCGAUCGCCCAAGCGACAGCACCUCCCCCUUCGACCGUUCCAACAUCAACCACUUCGAUCACUGCGGAUGUGAUGAAGUCGGUGAAACCCAUUGUUAGUCAAGCGCCUACAACGUCCUCUCCAGUCGCAACCCAAGCCCAAGUUAAACCGGUACAGACAACGGCAUCAGCGCCUGUCCCCGUUUCCACUUCAGCUCCGGCACCAGCACCAACACCAGCUCCUGCGCCUAUUCAGAAGCCACCCUCUCAACCCCAGCAACCGCCACAACCGGAAUCCAAGGGCAGUGGCUUCUUUCAAACCUCCACCGCCAACACCAACCUCUUCGGGGGCUUCUUCACCAAAGUCAACAAGAACCUCGCACAUCAGGACAGUUCCGACAGUCUAAUCAGCGCCAAAUCCAAAGCGUUCUUCGCCACCAUGAAAAGCUCCUUCUCGCUCGACUCCAGCAAGCAAUCCGUUGACGAACCGUCGCAACAGCAGCCACCUCCAUCGCAGCAGCAGGUUCCUCCGCAGACGACGCCACCUUCGACGGCCACGUCCACCUCGAGUGCCGGCGGCCACCAGCAGGUAUCGCCACCGGCCGCAGCAGAAGAAACAACCACCAUCACCACUACUCCACCCCUACAAUCUCCAGCAGAUGUAGCGCAGGGUCAGUACCUGCACGAACAGAAGGAGUUUUCCCCCUUGCAAGAACAGUUCCCGAGCGGCGAGCAUGAACAGUCCCCGUACGGAGCGGGUUCGGAGUUUCCGACACUCAACGACUACAGCAGCACAACGCCGAACGCACAACAGGAACAGCCGUACCCGGGAGACGAACUGCAAGGGAUGAUCGAAGUCGACGGUGAAGUGCCGAGCAUGCCGAUGCAGCGGAAGCAGAGCUUGUUUCGUGCACAGGGAAGUGAAGGAUCGAUGGAUGGUGAAGGUGGUAGCAAGUGGAAACUGCUCAAAACGUUGAAGGAGAAGCGAAUCGAGGAGAAACAGAAGGUAGCGGAUGCUGGCGUCGAGGAAGAGGAACCGGGUCUGUUCAAGAAGGUCGACGUAGGUGGUAAGGAAGAACCGGAGAAGCGCAACGGAACUAACGAGAGUGGACGAGGAAAUGGAGUGGGAGACAAUACUUUUUACAGCAACAUCGACAGUAUGCCGGAUAUUCGUCCCCGGCGGAAGUCGAUCCCAUUGGUGUCGGAAUUGGUCCUAAAAACGAUGUUGGCUACGAAACGCCAAGCAGCUGGACUUACAUCGGUUGUACGGGCCACCUUGAAUGACGAAGAACUGAAAAUGCAUGUCUACAAGAAGGCCCUACAGGCGUUGAUCUACCCGAUCUCGUCGACAACCCCGCACAACUUCGUCCUGUGGACGGCAACUUCCCCGACGUACUGUUACGAGUGCGAAGGACUGCUGUGGGGUAUCGCCCGCCAAGGUGUCAGAUGUACGGAAUGUGCCGUCAAGUGCCACGAGAAGUGCAAGGACCUGUUGAACGCCGAUUGCCUACAGAUGUGCUUUGCGGGUGCUUCCGAGAAGAGUUCCAAGCAUGGUGCCGCCGAAGAUAAGGCAAAUUCUGUGAUCGCAGCGAUGAAGGAACGGAUGAAGCAACGGGAACGGGACCACCCGGAGAUCUUCGAGGUGAUCCGGAAGGUGUUCAACGUGGAGGAGAAGAGCCACGCAGGUCACAUGAAGGCGAUCAAGCAGAGCGUACUGGACGGUACGAGCAAGUGGUCUGCCAAGAUCGGCAUCACUGUGAUCUGCGCUCAGGGUUUGAUCGCGAAGGACAAGAGCGGUACCAGCGAUCCGUACGUUACCGUUCAGGUCAGCAAGGUCAAGAAGCGAACGCGCACGAUGCCGCAGGAGCUGAACCCGGUGUGGAAUGAGAAGUUUAACUUUGAGUGCCACAAUUCUUCCGAUCGUAUCAAGGUCCGCGUCUGGGACGAGGACAACGAUCUGAAGUCGAAACUGCGCCAGAAGUUGACCCGCGAAUCGGACGACUUUCUGGGACAGACAAUCAUCGAGGUGCGAACGCUUUCGGGCGAGAUGGACGUGUGGUACAAUCUGGAGAAGCGAACGGACAAAUCAGCGGUGUCGGGUGCGAUUCGGUUGCACAUUUCGGUGGAAAUCAAGGGCGAGGAGAAGGUCGCUCCGUACCACGUGCAGUACACCUGUCUGCACGAGAACGUGUUCCACUAUCUGUGCGAAGAGGCAAUGGGGCAGGUCAAUCUUCCGCAAACAAAAGGCGACGAAGGGUGGAAGAUCUACUUUGACGAGACGCCCGAGGAGAUAGUGGACGAGUUCGCCAUGCGGUAUGGCAUCGAGAACAUCUACCAGGCCAUGACGCACUUCCAUUGCCUAUCGACCAAGUACCUGUGCGCGGGCGUCCCGGCAGUGAUGAGUACCUUACUAGCGAACAUUAACGCUUACUACGCACACACGACGGCUUCGACCGCUGUAUCGGCCAGCGAUCGCUUCGCUGCUAGCAACUUUGGCAAGGAGAAAUUCGUUAAACUACUUGACCAGCUGCACAACUCUCUCCGUAUUGAUCUAUCGAUGUAUCGCAACAACUUCCCCGCUUCCAGCCAAGAGAAACUGAUGGAUCUCAAGUCCACGGUCGAUCUGCUAACCAGUAUUACAUUUUUCCGCAUGAAGGUGCAAGAAUUGUCGAGCCCACCUAGAGCUAGUACUGUAGUUAAGGACUGCGUUAAGGCUUGUCUACGCUCAACGUAUCAGUUUUUGUUCGAGAAUUGUUAUGAGUUGUAUAAUCGAGAAUUUCAGGUCGACCCCAACGAAGCGAAACGUGAGGGCGAAGACCAUGGACCAAAAUUAGAGAAUGUUGACUUUUGGCACAAACUAAUCGCACUUAUCGUAUCAGUAAUAGAGGAAGAUAAGAAUAGUUAUAGCGCAGUGCUUAAUCAAUUUCCACAGGAGCUUAAUAUAGGGCAGGUCUCGGCUGCAACGAUGUGGAGUCUGUUCGCAAUAGAUAUGAAGUACGCACUGGAAGAGCACGAACAGCACCGCCUGUGUAAAUCAUCCGCCUACAUGAACCUGCACUUCAAGGUCAAGUGGCUGUAUACGAACUACGUAAAGGAGGUACCGCCGUACAAGGGCGCCGUGCCGGAGUACCCGGCCUGGUUCGAGCCGUUUGUAAUGCAGUGGCUCAACGAGAACGACGACGUAUCGCUUGAGUACCUGCAUGGUGCCUUCAAGCGUGACAAGAAGGACGGGUUCCAAAAGAGCAGUGAGCACGCACUGUUCUCCAACUCGGUCGUGGACGUGUUCACACAGUUAACGCAGUGCUUCGAUGUAGUUAGCAAACUGGACUGCCCGGAUCCGGAGAUCUGGAAGCGGUACAUGCGACGAUUCGCCAAAACUAUUGUGAAAGUGUUGCUCGCUUACGUAGAUAUAGUAAAAACCGAAUUUCCCGAUAUCAUGCAUGAGGAGAGGACGGCUUGUAUUCUGAUGAACAAUAUCCAACAACUUCGGGUCCAAUUGGAGAAGAUGUUCGAUUCGAUGGGUGGUGACAAGCUGGAGGAAGAUGCGGCCAACAUCUUGAAGGAACUGCAGCAGAAUCUAAACACCGCAUUAGACGAUCUGGCUACGCAGUUCGCCGUCAGCUUGGAACCACGCAUAACCGGUAGCGUACGGGAACUGGGAGAUCUGCUGCAGCAAGUCAAGCAGCAGACUUCCCUGUUCCACGCACCACCCACCGACGAUGCCAACAUAAUCGCCAUGGAGGCGGACGAAGUCCUUCGGCCGCUGAUGGAUCUGCUGGACGGAUCGCUCUCAAUGUACGCCCAAUCAUGCGAGAAGACUGUGCUCAAGCGAUUGCUCAAGGAACUGUGGAAGAUUGUCAUCCGGACGCUGGAGAAGACCAUCGUGCUGCCGCCGAUGACGGACCGAACGAUGGUCUUCAAACAUCUCACGGACAACGCCAAGAACCUGGCGGCCAACGCCAAGAUCGAAGACAUGUCCAGGCUGUUCAAGAAUCACGUGGCAGGCAAGUCGGACGCCAAGAACGUACUCAGCGGGGUGAUGGAUAUUUCCAAGGAGGUCCGUCCAAAUAUCGAAAAGAAUCUCUCGCCGAAGCAGUGCGCCGUUCUUGAAGUGGCCCUUGACACCAUCCAGCAGUACUUCCACGCCGGUGGCAAUGGACUGAAGAAGCCGUUCCUGGAGAAAUCGCCCGAGCUGCAGAGCCUGAAGUACGCUCUGAGUCUGUACACGCAGACGACGGAUACGCUGAUCAAGUCGUUCGUCUCCGGACAAGGGGCAUCGGAAGAGGGUGGAAUCAACCAUGACGAUGCUUCCGUCGGGGAGGUUUCGAUUCAAAUCGACGUCUCGUCCAAUCCGGAGAACGGCGAACAGAAGAUAUCCGUCAAAGUAAUCGCCGCCAACGAUCUGAAGUGGACCGUCCCGUCCGGAAUGUUCCGGCCGUUCAUCGAGGUGAACCUGAUCGGGCCGCACCUGAACGACCGGAAGCGCAAGUUCGCCACCAAAUCCAAAUCCAACAACUGGUCACCGAAGUACAAUGAGUCGUUCCAUUUCAUCAUUGGCAACGAGGAGCAGUUGGAGUUCUUCGAGUUGCACAUCUGCGUCAAAGAUUACUGCUUUGCUCGUGAGGAUCGCCUGGUGGGGGUCGCAAUCCUGAAGCUGAAGGACGUAGUCGAUCAGGUAUGGGGAUGGGCGAUUGUUGGGAUCAUUUUUCUGUUGUUGGAAUGUUCGGGAUUUGAGUGAGUGAGAUGGAUGUCGAAAACGUGGAAGAAUACCAUUGGCUGCCCUUUUCCCGGUGGUAAGUCAGGAGGGGCAGAAGUUUACUUUCAGGUUAGCUUGGGGAGUGACGAGGUGAAGUUCUGAAGGUUUUGAGGUGAGUAUGAUGGCCAUCUACUAACUCUACAGAUUUAUAUUUCGUUGCAAGCAUACCUACAGGUGGAAUGAGGGCUCUCCAUAGUGAUCUUCAACAAGUGAACACGAUUCUAAUAAAGCUCUUUUUUGUACA